AUGUUCUUAAUGAGGAGGCUGAUGGACAGCCAUCGAGGCAUUGUGGCAAUCGCCAACGUCGUAAGUUUAUUCGGCGUGAUCAUAUUCAAUGGCACAAACACCUAUUUCGCGAUUAUUUCGCAGAAAAUCCAGUAUAUCCCUCAAAUCUAUUUUCGGAUGAGUCAUCCUCUAUUUCUCCGUAUUCUAAAUGAGGUAGAGUCUUACGAGCCGUACUUCAUUCAAAGAAGAGAUAAUGCCGGAAGACUCGAUUUAUUUUCUAUGCAAAAGAUAACUGUAACACUUAGAAUGUUGACGUAUGGGGUUAUUGAAAAUUUUAUAGAUGAAUACAUACGUAUUGGUGAAAGCACCACAAUGGAGAGCCUCAAAACAUUCUCUAAGACAAUAGUAAGUAUUUUUUCAGAUGAAUAUUUGCGGUCUCCAAAUGCCAAUGAUAUUGCCCGAUUGCUUGUGGUUGGUGAACAACGGGGAUUCCCAGGAAUGUUGGGAAGCAUUGACAGCGUGCAUUGGAAGUGA